AUGCAAGAUUAUAUGAGGGAGAAGCGUUGGCAAGCCAGAGUCCGAGCCAAUAGUAGUGAUGAAUCCGAAUCCACUGCCCAAAGUAGGCAGAAGAAACUCGCGUUGCAGUCUCGAACACGCCAGCAAAAGCCCAGCAACGAGUCUGCUAGAAAUUGUGAUCUACCCAGGACAGCCAAGGCACUCUCUUCGCUGGCGAACUCGCAGGGGAUCGAUGACCCCCGAAAUUUGUCCUUCGAAACUGUCCAAGAGGCUCCAUAUCAUGCUUCGGAGCACAGGGUGAAAGGUUUGAAGAGAUCGCGCUUCUAUCUCGACGCUACAGCAUUUGCCAAACUCUUUGACCUGGAGCAAAACCACUCUGAAGCCUCUUCCAACAGACCCAGCAUUCUCUUAUCGACAGAUUUCUCUUGUAGCCCUUGGUUUCAGGCCGGGCAAUUUUCGCAGCCACAAUCCAUGCUCAGUGCAGCGCGAACAGAUCCUUUCGACUCGCUCCUGAUCACACUCAGUCAUGAGGACGAGCAGCUCUUCGACUUUUAUGCCACGGUCAUACCGGCGUACUCAUACGGGCUAGAAAAACCUCCCGUGCAGAACUGGUUCCUUUCCGUAUGGCAGGAGCUGUAUGCUUUGAAAACAUUAUAUUAA